CUUUGCUGAAGACCAAUGACUCUGUGUCCUGCAUCCUUCCAGCUUUUCCUGCUCUGCAGCCAUGUCUCGGUCCCGCCCCACAAAGCCUUCCAAAUCAGUCAAAACCAAGCUCCAGAAGAAGAGCAGCCAGAUGAAGAAGAAGGCAUCAAAGCCGGCUGUCAAACAUGGGGCAUCAGGGAAGGCGCUGACCCCUGGAAAACUGAAGCAAUUAAUCAAAAGAAGAGAUGGUAAGAAGGAAACGGAAGGCAAAACUCCCACACUGCCGCAGAGUCUUCUGACGAGAGCUGGGGCUGCCCGGUUGAAUCAGGAUCGAAACCAAGUUCUUUUUCAGAACCCAGAGUCCUUAACUUGCAAUGGCUUUACAAUGGCUCUUCGAAGAACCUCUCUUAGCUGGCGACUCUCCCAACGCCCAGUAGUCACACCCAAACCUAAGAAAGUGCCACCUUCAAAGAAGCAGUGUGUACAUAAUGUCCAGGAUGAUCCAGGGGCAAAGCACUCCGGAAAUGAUUCAGGCCCCAGCCAAGGUGCUGUCAUGUCUCCAGAUACAGAAAACCCAACUGGUGAGCAGAACAUAUGUUUAGUUGAAGGCGAGAGCCAAGAGAUAACCCAGUCUUGCUCUCAAACAGUAGAAGAUUCCCAAAGCUGUAUUUCUGAAUAUGGGAACCUUGAAGCCGGAAUUUCUUGGUCACUGGAAGGGACACACAGUGAAGGACUACUCUCUCAUCAGACAUCUAAUAAUGUGAGCAAUUCCCCUCCGCAAUGUGCGCCAUCGCCCCAAAGAUCAACUUCUGAAGUUACCGCUGAGAAAAACGCCAGUGAUCAGUUUGUAGACUUGUGCUCACCAGUAGAGUCUCCCAAGCUGUCUGAUCCUUCUCAGAAUCCUAUGGGAAGUGAGCAUAAUUGCUUUCCUGACUCUAGUUUUAGGAUCGUUCCUGAAUUGGACCUUAAAACCUGCAUGUCUCUUGAUGAGUCUGUAUAUCCCACAGCUCUGAUAAAGUUCAUCUUGGCAGGCUCACAGCCGGAUGUCCUUGACCCUAAGCCCGAAGAGGAAACCCUUAAAACCACCCCAGAAAAAGUGGGAAGCCACCCAAGUCAAGCUGUGGAUGCCACCUCUAUCCUAGGACAGGCCUUUGGUACUCUCCCGCAUCAGUGGGGAUUUCCUGGUGCUAACUUAGUUCAUAGUGAGACCCUGGCCAAGGGCUCAGACUCACCAGAGGAUCUGGGUGCUAUUACUAUGCUAAACCAACCAGAAACUCUGGGUAUGGACAUGGAUGCUCCCCCGGACCUGCCUAUCUUCCUUCCUAUGCCUCCAAACACAGUAGCUACCUACAGUUGUCUUCUUUCAGGGCCUGAGCCCCACACCUCUGCUUCCUGUGGACUUGAAGUCCAAGGUGCUACCCCAAUUUUAACUUUGGACUCAGGACACACUCCCCAACCCCCACAAAACUCUGAGUUAAGUUCAGUACCUCUGGUAAUAGCUGCAAACAGUACACAAGCUGAGAAGCAGUUUGGUGCCAAUCUUUUCCCAGCAAACAUACAAGGGUUUACAAUUGCCCCUGAGAAUGAACUCCAGCAUGCUCCAUUAGAUCUUACUCAGGGCUCUCAUGCUGCUCCCAGCAAAUUGGAAGGAGGGAUUUCUCACGUUAGCAUGACCAGCUCAGCUGAUGAUGUCAAAGCCACAACGAUGUCUAUGCCUAUGCCUGUUACACGAGCUAGUACCUCUUCUCUCCCAUGUAAAUCUAUGCCACCAACUGUGGAGAGGAGGAAGCGCAAGGCCUGUGGGGUCUGUGAGCCGUGCCAGCAGAAAGCCAACUGUGGGGAAUGCACCUACUGCAAGAACAGGAAGAAUAGCCACCAGAUCUGUAAGAAGAGGAAAUGCGAGGUGCUCAAAAAGAAGCCAGAGGCCACCUCACGGGUACAGGUUACAAAAGAAAACAAGAGGCCCCAGAGGGAAAAGAAGCCCAAAGUUUUAAAGACAGACUUUAACAACAAACCAGUAAAUGGCCCCAAAUCAGAGUCCAUGGACUACAGUAGACGUGGUCAUGGGGAAGAAGAGCAAAGGUUGGGUUUGUUCACACACCCCCUUGAAAAUGUAAGGAAGAAUGCAGGAGGCAUGACGGGAAUUGAAGUGGAGAAGUGGACACCGAACAAGAAAUCAUACUUAGCAGCUGGUCAAGUCAAGGGAAGCCGAGAUGCAAGUUUAGCUGGAGUUGAAAAUUCUCAACCCUCUGAAGAUGACAAGCAACAAACCAACCCUUCCCCGACAUUUGCACAGACUGUAAGAAACGGCAUGAAAAAUGUACACUGUUUGCCCACUGACACAGACCUUCCACUCAACAAAUUGAGUCAUGAGGAAUUUAGCAAGGUAUUGGGAAAUAAUUCCUCUAAAUUGCUGACUGAUCCCUCAGAUUGCAAGGAUGCCAUGAGUGACACUACCUCUAGGGAGGAGUGUGAUCAUCUCAAGGGGCCGAGGAACAUAGUGCUCUUCCAGAAGCCUGGCUUAAACUGCAGGUCUGGUGCAGAAUCCACCAUCUUUAAUAAUCACCCUGAUACGCACAGUGCUGGUAGCCAGCCUCAACCCCCUGAGAAGGUACCCAACAAAGAACCCAAAGAUGGCUCUCCAGUUCAGCCAAGUCUUUUAUCCCUAAUGAAAGACAGGAGAUUAACGCUGGAACAAGUAGUAGCCAUAGAAGCACUGACUCAGCUCUCAGAAGCUCCCUCAGAGAACUCCUCCCCAUCCAAGACAGAGAAGGAUGAAGAAACUGAUCAGAGAACAGCUAGCCUACUUAAUAGCUGCAAGGAUGUCCUUCAUUCAGUGAGAAAAGACCUCCAAGACCUGAAUGUUCAAGGAAAGAGUCUUCACCAUGACACUGUUGUCUUUAAUGGCCAGAACAGAGCGUUCAAGUCACCAGAUAGUUUUGCUACUAACCAAGCACUUAUAAAGUCACAUGAAUAUUCAAGGUCACCUACAGCUGGUAAAAGCAUUGCUAGUGGGAAAGCUCCCCUUGAUAGUUCUAAGAAUUCAUGUCCAUUGCCAGAAGAAAGUCAAAAUCUUGAAAACUUCAGUCAGGUACUAAGCUGUGAUCAGAAUUUGAAUUCCCAUGAUCCAUCAUGCCAGGAUGCACCCUAUAGUCAAAUUGAAGAAGAUGUCGCAGCACAAUUAACCCAACUUGCAUCCACCAUUAAUCACAUCAACCCAGAGUUCAGGAAUGCUGAAAGUACACCAGAAAGCCUUGUUGCAAAGAACACACAGCAAAAACAUAGUCAGGAGAAACGCAUGGUACAACAGAAACCACCUUCAAGUAUACAAAAUAAACCUAUUGUACCAUCAACAAAGCCAAAGAAGACACAGAAAAAGGCAAGACCAACUCCAUACACAAACAAGCGGAAAAAGAAAGCCCCAGCCCACAGCUCUCAAGAAAGUGAUCAGAAGAAGCAAGAGCGGCUAGCUAUAGAGUAUAGGAAGAUGCAUGACAUUUGGAUGUCAUCCCAGUUUCAGAGGUUUGGCCAGUCUGGUCCCCGUAGUCUUCCUGUUCUGUUGAGAAAUAUUCCCAUCUUUGACCAAAUAUUAAAGCCUGUGACUCAGAGUAAAACAUCCUCACAACCCAAUAAGUUAUUUCCUCCUAUCAAUCAGAUAAAAUUCACAAGAAACCCUGAAUUGGCAAAAGAGAUAGUGAAGGUUGAACCAUCAGAUUCUCUGCCAACAUGCCAAUUCAAGAUGGAAUCCAGUGGGCAGGCAUUUUCAGAGCCGGCAGAUAAUUCUCAGGGACAGCCCAUGGUAAAUGUCGAUCAGAAAGCUCACCCUCUGCCCCAGUCCCCUCCAUCUAACCAGUGUGCUAAUAUAAUGGCCGGUGCUGCCCAAACACAGUUUCAUCUAGGCGCUCGAAAGAGCCUGGUGCAUCAGAUUCCACCACCGACGUUGCCUGGUAUCUCUCCUGACCCACUCUUACCAGACCCAGCAUCAGUCCUCAGGAAAGGGAACGUGUUAAGUUCCAAUGGAAUUACAGUUGUCACCACAAAGCAUGAAGAAGCUCAAACAUCAAGCAAUGGACCAUCGGGUCCCACCACAGACAGUGCACAGGCAGAUUUUAAUGGGAACGUCAUGGACUUCCUUAGCAUGCCUGCAAAAAAACUGAUAGCUGAAUUGAAGGAACAGGAAGCUGCAACCUGUAAAUGUGCUCGUCCUGAUGGAGGCACACAAAAAGACAAAGGUCCAUAUUAUACACACCUUGGGGCAGGACCAAGUGUGGCUGCUGUCAGGGAGCUCAUGGAGACUAGGUAUGGCCAGAAGGGAAAAGCAAUCCGGAUUGAGAAGAUAGUGUUCACGGGGAAGGAAGGGAAGAGCUCUCAGGGCUGCCCAGUCGCCAAGUGGGUGAUUAGAAGAAGUGGUCCUGAAGAGAAGGUUAUUUGUUUGGUUCGUGAGCGUGUGGACCAUUACUGUUCAACGGCUGUGAUAGUUGUUCUUAUCCUCCUGUGGGAAGGUAUCCCUCGACUAAUGGCUGACCGCCUGUACAAGGAGCUCACUGAGAACUUGAGGUCCUACAGCGGACAUCCCACUGACCGAAGAUGUACCCUCAACAAAAAACGUACCUGCACCUGUCAAGGCACCAACCCAAAAACAUGCGGAGCGUCUUUCUCCUUUGGCUGUUCGUGGAGCAUGUAUUUCAACGGCUGUAAGUUUGGGAGAAGUGCAAACCCCAGAAAAUUCAGACUUGCUCCAAACUAUCCCUUACAUGACUACUAUAAGAGAAUUACUGGAAGGUGUUCUGAAGGAAGUGAUGUGAAAACUGGAUGGAUCAUUCCAGAACGAAAGACCCUCAUAAGCAGAGAGGAAAAACAGCUUGAGGAGAAUUUACAAGACUUGGCUACAGUAUUAGCUCCAGUUUAUAAGCAGAUGGCGCCGGUUGCUUAUCAAAAUCAGGUGGAAUAUGAAGACAUUGCUGGAGACUGUCGACUUGGUAAUGAAGAGGGGCGUCCUUUCUCUGGUGUCACCUGUUGCAUGGAUUUCUGUGCUCAUUCUCACAAGGACAUUCACAACAUGAACAAUGGAAGCACUGUGGUUUGUACAUUGAUUCGAGAAGAUGGCCGUGACAGAAGUGUUCCUGGGGAUGAGCAGCUACACGUCCUGCCACUAUACCGGCUUGCAGACACUGAUGAAUUUGGCUCUGUGGAAGGGAUGAAAGCCAAGAUCCAAUCUGGGGCCAUCCAAGUCAAUGGGCCAACCAGGAAGAGGCGACUAUGUUUCAGUGAGCCUGUUCCUCGAUGUGGGAAGAGGGCCAAAAUGAAGGAGAAGGACAAGAAAUCAGGUGCUACUGGCCUCAGAAAGAAGAGGAACUCUGCCUGCACAAAGGGAGCCCCAGGUUCGCACAACACUAAGAUCUAUUCAUCAGCCUCAUCUACUCCUCACCCAGUGAAAGAUGAACCUACAGACUUCUGUCCCCUGCAGGCUUCCUCCACAGAAACAUCUACCUGUAUGUACAAAGCCUCAGGUGGCUUUCCAGAAACAAGUAGCAUUCUCCACUGCACAAUGCCUUCCGGAGCACACAGUGGUGCUAAUGCAGCUCCUGGGGAAUGUACUGGAGUUGUGCAGACUGCUGCUGAAGUGGCUGCUCUUCCUCACCAAUCUCUUCCCAUAGCAGAUUCUCCCCUUCAUGCUGAGCCUCUCGCAGGUCCACCUGAUCAUCUAACUUCUAACCAGUCAAACCAGCAGCCCCCUUUCCUCAGCCCUCCUCAGAAACUGGCUUCCUGUCAGGUGGAAGAUGAGCGGCAUCCGGAAACAGACGAGCCUCCUCAACCCGAGGAUGGUAACAUCCCUCAACUUGAUGAAUUUUGGUCAGACAGUGAGGAGAUCUAUAAUGAUCCUGCCUUUGGUGGCGUGGCGAUAGCACCCAUUCAUGGCUCAGUGCUGAUUGAGUGUGCCCGGAAAGAGCUCCAUGCUACCACCUCUUUGAGUUCUCCCAAACGAGAGGUCCCUUUUCGUGUGUCCCUUGUAUUCUACCAGCACAAAAAUCUAAAUAAGCCUAAUCACGGUUUUGAUAUCAACAGAAUUAAGUGUAAAUGUAAAAAAGUAACAAAAAAACCCCCCGCAGACAGGGAGGAUCCUGAUUUAUCUCCUGAAACCAAUUUAUCAUACCAAAUUCCUUCUCGAGUUGCAUCAACCUUAACCAGCGACAACGUUGUUACCGUGUCCCCUUAUGCUCUCACUCACGUCGCGGGACCCUACAACCGUUGGGUCUAAAGGCUUCUCUCCUGUAAUGCCUUUGCUAAUGUGGUGUAGUUUUUCCGGUGCUGUUCAAAAGAAAGUCAUUCUGUUGUUUACUGUUGCUUCAUUUCACCCAUUUCAACUCCGAGGUAAAAAUUUUAAAUAAAAGGGUGGGUACUUAACUGUGGUUAUAUUUUGAGAAUUAGUAGAAGGUGAACAUUUUCAGUAAAAAUAAAAUUUUUAUAGUUUUAAAUAUUUAAACAUCUUGGUUGGGUGUUGGCUGCGUUAGAACCACAGAGUCUGGUGCUUUAUUUCGUUUUAUUUAGUUUGCUAUUAAGAGGGUUUAUAACAGGUUUCUGCAAUAAGAUGUAAAAACCAAGAUGUAGUGUUAACUCUACACAGCUCCUGGUGCUUUAACCACAUCAACACAGUAGUAAUGACCUGAGUGAUUGUUUUCUGGUGCCAUUGUUCACGCAUCUUCCAAUCAUUGCCAUCAUAUGUGCACUUUUCUUUGAAGUAAACCAAUGAAAUGCUUUUUCUCUUAAAACAUUUCUCCUAUAUAAAGUAAUUCUUUAUUCUAGUGAUGGUUGGAGGCUGUUUGCUAACUGUAAAUAUUUUAAAAAGCACUUUCUAUUUUUAAGAGUAACUUGAAAUAGUAUAUAGCAGAAUCCUAAUGUCUGUUAUGUGUGCGUAUUUGAAUACCAGAGAAGUCAUUUGUUCUUGCCCUGUACAGUUCCAUCCCGUUAACCUCAGCCUGUACACAAAUAACAUAUGACUUUGGUUCUUUACUUAUAGAAUAGAGAAUCUCUAAAAAAUUGAAAAUACAAAAUGCCAGCAACAUCAAUUUCCCCUUUUUAAUUAGAAAAAAAUUGUCUUCUGAAGUUGCCUCCCGAAUUAAGUCUAUGACCCAUGACAGGUACUUUGAAAGGGAAAGGGGGCAAAUUGGGAUCAGUGAAAGAUUCCCAGUGUUUCAAGAUCAGAACAUAAGUAACAUGUCCUUCCCAAAUGAGAAGGAAAUAUUCUGUAGAGAUAAUCGAGGGGACAAGCUUGCAUUAGCAUCGUCACCCUUACCCUGGAGUCCCAUGGUAGUAUUGAGAGCCAAAUUAUUCAUUAAUCUUACUCUAUUGUGUUUAGGAAAAUGGGAAUCCUAACUUCUUGAGUAAUCCUCUAUUUUGAAGGCCACAGGUAAAAUCAGCAUCCUAAUUAUUUUAGUGUUCCAUUGUUUUUCCCAUUGUUUAAUUGACUUAUUUAUAUAUCAAGAAUGAUUUCCCCAAACAAAAACGUCUAAAACCAAGAGACCUUUCAGUGAGAUCCAAAUGCACAGGUGCUAUUGACAUUCAUGGGGUUGGAUUCUUUGGAUCUGGAUAAGGAUUCCUGUACUUCAGGAACCCUAAUGGUGCUUCUCAGAGAUGCCACAAGAAGUCCACAACUACCACAGUCUUGGUGCAAAUGUAAACAGCUGCAGUGAGCUCUCUAGAGAAUAACUUAUUAAAAAUGACACAUGGUGCAAAGUGUCAGUUUCUGACCGAGGCAGAUUUAGGAAGAGAAAGGGAUUGUAAAUAAGACAUGUCCACUGACAUUCCAUCGUGUCCAAGGAGGCAGAUGCUCCUGGGAUAAAGACAACUCUUGAUCUGAUUUAUUGUUUUGCGUGCCUUAGAUUUCCAUUUAUAAACAUUUUUAAGCCUAGGGUUUCUUACGUAGGUAUGUAAGUGUGAUCAUUUAUUGCUUGAUCUGCUUCAGUUAGGUAUUUAUUAGCGUAGAUCAUUAGAAAUUAACCUUGGAGGUCUCAGACCUCAGCUAGAAAUCCUUUUCUUACCAUUACAGGAUAGAAUCUUCUCCUCCUGCUUUUAUUUGUCCAUUCAUCUGUCCAUCUUUCCAAGACACAUUUAAUUUAAUGCUUCUCAAUUUGAUUGGUUUGUUUUUCCUUGAAUUACUUCUUAUAAUACAGACUAAUAAAGGAUGCUUGGAAUUACUUUCUAAGGACAUCACAAAUUAUCUAUAAAUGAAGAGUUACAGUAAUAUGUAGUCAAGCUGAUGUGUCUUUUUUGAUAAGGUCAUGUU